AUGGGAAAGUCGAAGUCGAAAUCCAAAAAUCGAUCGAUUUCCAAAUGGAAAGUCUUUUCGCCCUUUCGAAGGUCUCCAUCGUAAACAUUUUACAAAUUUUACAAAAUAAAAACGAAAUUUAGAGCUGAAAGAACGAGGGACAAUGAGCCGGUCGAAGAGACACACACGCAAAAAACAUCCCCGGCUCCCGCGCCCGAAAUCCGUACAAAAAGUGCCCCGGUAAGCGGUUUUUCUGAAAUUUUUAGCCUAAAAUUAUCGAACCAUUCGAGUCUUGACAAGAUUUUGACAUAAACCGUGUCUUUUUAAAAUUCCCAAUUUUUGCGUGUCAGAAGUGUCCAAGAGGCACCGCGGAGACCGCCCGUGCGCCAACUCCGCCGCCGAGCAAAACCGACGAGAUCAAAAGAUCGUCGGAAGAUCCGGGAACUCUGAGAAAAGUGGAGAAGAAAGAGGAAAAAGUGGAGAAGAAAGAGGAAAAGGUGGAGAAGAAAGAGGAAAAAGAGGAGAAGGUGAAAACGGAAGAAAGUCCGACGAAACCGACGAUGCCGGCCGCCGCUUCGAAGAAGAAAAAGUCGGAGAAGGAGGAGGGAAGCGUGUUUGAAGAAGUGGCCGGACCGGCGGCUCCGGCUCAGUCCGGCGCCCAUGGAAUCAAGAACAAAAUGAGAUGGAAAGUGGACGUGGACCCCGUGGGUGCGUGAAAAAACAUUUCGGAGGCCUCAAAGACCUUUCAGAUUUGAAUGGCGACCCAAAAAUGUCGGAAGUGCUCGAGAAGUUUAAGACGAUAAAGAAAAAGUACAAGCAGAAGAAGAGCAAGCAAAUGAAGGAAAUUGAGAAAGAGAAGACGUGGGAGGCCGAUGAAUCGGUACGUUUUUAUUCGAAUUUUUUGAUCCCAAAGUCCGUGACCCUGAGAUUCGGCAUUUAAUUUUCAGGCAGAAGAACAGAUCGUGACGUCCGCCCGUGUUUUGCAACUGAUCAAAAUGGAGGCGUUGAUCUCGAAGGAACUGUCGGAGCCGGAGCAAGAGACCCUUCGCGGCUACUGUCGGAGCGGCGAUCACGAGGAGAAGGCGGAGGGACUCAUCGAGAAGAUCGCCGCUUCCGUCCUGAAUGCGGUCGUUUCGAAGAACGAAUUCGUGCGCAAUGUCAACGUCUCCGGACAACUUCGCAUGUUUUCCGUCGACGAUCGAAAGGUUUUAUUGGAAAACUGCGAAAAAAAUGGAAUUUUCUUGAACCUUCCUCAUUUUCAGGCCAAAAUUCCGCUGAUGGCCCUUUUGAUGGCUCGCAAAGACCUGUUGUACGUGUCGUGGUCGAAACCGAAUCGUGACGUCGAAAUACAAUUAGUACAAUAAUCCGCUAUUCAGUAAUCUGACACUAAUUUUCCGUUUUCAGGAUGCCACGUGGAACUGCAUGGCGACGAGACAAGUGCCGCAAGCGGCGGUAAUCAGCACCCGACUCGCCUAG